GGGAGUGGGCGACGGGAGAGAAGCAGACAGGAGGACGUCGGCAACGUGAGCCGGACGGAGGGAAAGAUAGGUUAUUAUUACAUUAUCUCAUGAACUCAUGAGUUGCAAGGGACGAGGGGGGGGCGAGAGAAAGAGUGGAAAGCUCUCGGAGCACCAGCCAUGGCGUUCUUCACCCCUUGGGAUGUUUACCCGUCUUACCGGAAGUUUGCUCUUUUCGUGUUUUUCGUUCUCAUCGCCGGCUACGCGGUCCUGGCCAUUCUAUCUACAAUAAACGGCUGUCCGCCGGUCGCGGAGGAUCCCGUGGAUUUGGAGCCGGAUCAACACACAGAGGGGGAGGGUGGUCAUGACACACCUUCGUCGCGGGCAGAUUACAGGGCAGGUCCGGCGCCGGAGGAAGGGAGCGGCAUUGGUUUGGGAUCAACCUCCAUCAGGAACAUAGCAGCCCGCACUUGCAUGGAUGAUGAGAUGCCAUCAGAGAUUGCCGAGCACUUGCAGGGUCCCGUCUUGGCUUCCGCUCGCCCACCACGACCUCCCUCGGCCGGUGCGGGGCGGCAACAGACAUCCAUGGCCACUUUCAUCGUUGAUGAGCUCCAGAAAGAGUUUGACCAGGCGAUAACCUCAUUCUUCUUCGAGAACGCUAUUGCAUUCAACGCUGCAAGAUCAAACUCCUAUAAGAACAUGGAGAGGAUCAUGAACGAGGCGGCCAGGUCGCGAAAGAUGUUGAAACAGCCAGGGUACAACUUCUUGAGGACGAAGGCACUCCCCGCGGAGUACAAAACUAUGGAUACUGAUUUGGACAAGAUCCGUGAGCCAUGGGAUGUCACAGGCCUCACUUUGAUGACGGACGGGGAAGGACAAGUAGGCUCCAGCUUUGGCGAGGAUGUGGGAGGAGGUCAGCAGGGAGUUGGGGGUGCGCAUACGGUCAAUGCCAUAUGCACCGACUCGGCACAGGUGAACAUAUCCGCAAGGAAAAUGCUAGCUGACCACGACGACCCGGCGAUCAGGAGCAUUCCUUGGGUGCCAUGUGCAUGCCAUGUGUGCAACCUGCUCAUGUGCGACAUUGCUUCAGUGCCAUGGAUUGGAGAGGUGAUUCUGCAGGGCAGGGAGAUCACCUCGUUCAUCAAGAGACAUCAGAGAGCAUUGGCGAUGUUCAGGAGGGCCGGGAGGGAGUAUAAGACACAACUAGGCAUCAAAGAUGGUAGGCCGUUGGAAUUGAUCCAACCAGGGGAAACUAGAUUUGGCGCAAACUUCGUCAUGUUGCAGAGACUACGAGAGGUGGAGGCAGUGUUGUUGGCGACAGUGUCCCAUGCGCGCUGGGAUGAUUCCCCAUGGGACCGGACCGCAGCAUCAAGGGCGCGAGCAUGCAAGGAUCUCAUACGAGACUUGGCUUGGUGGUUGGCCGUCGAGCGGGCAUGCACUUUGCUUCAGCCAGUUUAUUCGUUGAUGAGGGACAUGGAUAGAGACGGGAGGAUGGGGAUGCAAGUGUGGUCUUUGGGGAUUACGUUGCAGAAGAGGAUGGCUGUUUUGCCCAUGGAUUGUGAGACAAGGGCGAUUGUGAUGAAGAAGGUGAAGGAUCGUGUGCAGAUGAUGGCUCUCCCUAUGCGCGCAGCAGCAUGGAUGUUGUACCCACUCCACAGGUUGCCUAGAUUAUUCGACGACUUGGAGUCUGUGGAGAUCAUGAACACUCUGGCACACUUUGCUGCGGUUUACACCAAAAAUUCGAAGGAUUACAAAGAGUGUUGGAGGUCCUUGGAAAGUUUCCAUCACAAAACUCCGGAGUGGGUUCGACCGAACCCAGAGGAGGCUUUGGCAUGCACUCACAAGAUUGCAGUCGCAGUGCUCAGCAUGUGGACAACCGCCUCUCCAUGCGAGAGGAACUGGUCCACCUUCGACCUCAUUCACACAAAGAGGAGAAAUCUAUUGAGCCCGGAGAAUUUUCAAAUGCUUGUCUUCAUCCAUUGGAACAAGAAGUUGCUGAGGAUGUCGAAGAUGAAGAUCGGGUUUGUUAACACCGAGCUACUGGAGUGGGAGACACAGGAGGACUUGGCUCCCUAUGAUGGCUUCAUGCAAGACGGGGAGUACGACCCAAAGGAAGUGAAGAGGAGGGCAGCGAACUGGUCCAAAUCUCGUGGACGUAGAUCGAAGUCGACCAAAUUCGACAUUCGGGAGCUUGAGGAGGAGAGGGUGGACGACGGGGCAUGGCUCCUUGAUCUUUCUUACCGCCCUCGUUGUCUUGCGGAUCAUGACCGUGGGAAGACCGUUGUUGAUGUUGACGACGAACAGCCUAGCCAUGACAGCGAGGAUGAUGACGAGUUGGUUCGAGUGGAACUCGUUGACAGGCGGUCGACUAUGAGGUCGGGAGGCGGUUCAUCUUCUUCGUCCCCGCGUGACCACAUCACGAUGCCAGAGGAGGGUAUUCGUUCACGACGCACCGCUCGUGGGACCACACCCGGUGGGUCGGCGCACGUCCCCCAUGACAGUGAUGCGGUGGAGGCAGAUGCGUCUGUUGGUGCAGACAUGGACGACCCCAUUGCUGUUGCUCCGGCUGAGGCUGAUGCGGUAAUUGAUGUGCGUGGGGAUGAUCCGGUUGAUGAGCAUGGGGAUGAUCCGGCUGGUGCCACUGUUACGGAUGGUGUUGUCGGUGCAGUUGACGAUGGUGCUGUUGGUGCGGACACGGGGACCGACGAUGGUCCCAUUGCGAGCGGCAAUGGGUUCUCCACUCCGGAUCCGGGGUUGCGAUUGGGGGAGAGAUUCGCCUCUCUGUUGUCGCACGUGGCCCCUAUUGCCCCGUGUGGCUCUGCACAAGACUUUUGUAAGCACCUGGCUUCGAUGUCCCCAAUGCGGACUGAUGACGAGUCUAACACCCCUGAUUGGGCCAGAUUCAGCGGACCAACCCCGCCCACUCUUUGGUUGAACGAGGACAUUCCGCUGACGUUUCAAAUUUAUGAAAAUCCCAUGGUGUCUACGUCUGUGCGAAAUACAUCACCUCUACUUCCUUACAUGUAUGUGUGCCCAAGCUCCCGCCAUUAUACUUUUUCGCCGGUAGUUGCAGGGUGUGGUGAAGAUGUGCUGCGCAACCUGGAGCCCAUCUCCAUAUCGGAUCGACAUCCAUUCUUAACAAGUGGGACUUGCAUGAAUCAAAGUAAAGUCGUGCUUGCUGCUGAAAAUUCCUCGUUUGUAACAGACGGCAACUGUUCUGUCGGAAUAGCUUCCAUUAAGGUGUUGGACCGAUUGCUGAGGGCACCGCUGGAGAUGACAUGUGUGACAUUCUUUUUCCGCUAUCCAGCAGCUCUUAAAAGGAUAGACUGGUUGGGUGAGUUCUACGUGUUGUACAAUCUGACGCUGAACCCGGCAAGCAAUCCGCCAAUGAACAAGACGGGCCUCAUUUCCAAAUCCCUUGUUGCCUAUUUCUCUGACACGGGGAAUUCCACCUUGGAAAGCGAAGCUUGCUUCAUUCGGGACAAGAGGGUGCGGGAUCUAGAAAAUUCGCCUGAGCGCUUCGAGCAGGGUGGUGUUAUAUUGCCAGAGAACAAGCGAAGCGAUUUCAGCCUUGUGAGGCGGGUCAGAAAAUUCAUAGCCGGCGUGCACUCGGUCCAGUACAUGGUCGAUUCAGGUGGAGUUGUUUCCUACGAUGUCCCAGAGCCUGGUCUUGUCGGGUCCUUGGCAGCGGAACAUGGUAACCUUUCUGUCGUGGCGAAUGGGCUUAGCGGUGUGCUAAUGAAUGUCGGGAUUAAUUUCGACGAGAUUGGGGAGAGGGAGACUGACAUUCGCACAGGGUUAUUCACUCUACUGGGAACUCUCGGUGGGCAGGUCACCUGGUUCACAGCCGCCCUCGCAUUGAUUUUCAUCGAAGAACGGGAUGGGCCGUAUAUGACCAUCUCCUUUCCAUUUAGAAUGCUAUUAAAGUUGUUCUACAAAGCAAUGCGAAAAGAAGAUCGCGCACGCCAAAGUUCUCUUCGGGCCGACCCUUCCGGCGGAGAGGAGGUGUUCUGAGCGUAAGUAGCGUGCAUUCACUGCAUCAAUGAGCAAAGGAUGAAGAACAUGCGCGCGGCCAAGAUAGCUCGCAGUCGGUAUCGGGAAUCUGCACAGGGGAUGACGAAGAGGAGCUGGCACAAGCAACCAAAUUGGAAUUGUCCUAAGUUAGGUUCAACUGCUUUUCAAAUUCAUCAUCAUUAGGUUUAUAAUCAUUUAUUGUAUGUAGAUUAACCUCAGAAUUGUGGUUUGGUUUGCUGCAACCUUUCUUUUGAGUUUAAUCUGAGAUGGAGGGGGAGUGUGCAGGCUCUUUGUCAGGUAUUCUGUCAUCCUUGCCGCCGAACUCACCAAAUGUGAAAAGGACAAAAAACUGAUUCCCCCCCUCCUCCAACCUCUUCUUCUUCUUCUUCUUCUUCUUCUUCUUCUUCUUCUUCUUCUUCUAUCUCUGCUGGUUUCUCUUUACCCUGCAAACGAACCUUUCUGCCCCCAUUUGAGGAGAUGCAUCACAUAAUGAGGGGCCAGCAUCUACCCCCAUCGGGAGGAACACUGUACGGUAAAGUGGGAGGAAGGCACAUACCCGCCAGUGAGAAUCUGACGAGAAACUAGGAACUACUGGCUCAAUUGCCUGCCGUCUUCACCCGAAUAGAACGCCCGGUCUUUUUUUUUUGUUUUCUUUUCUAUGUUGGGCCAUCGCCGGGCCCGGCACGCCCAGGCCAGUUGGGCAGACGGGGGGUCGCCUGACAAAACCAGACGGGUCAAAAAAGAGGCAAGGAUCCAAAAAAAAAAAAAAAAAAAAAAAAAAAAAGACUUUACGCCAGGACUGAGGUUGGCCUAAGCGGUCAGAAUCCGGUCUUAAACUGCUAGUAAUCGGCCCCAGCCUUGCAGAAAGCUUUUGUCGCCACAAGCAAAACUCGGAGGCGCCGCACCGCCAGGCCCACGGUUAAUGAAAAACAAAACGGCGG